GAAACCCUUGUCAGAAAAAAUGGGAAUGAGUUACCCUUGGUUAAAAUCCUGAACGCAAAAAUCCCGAAAAGGCCAAAAUACCGAAUGUUCAAAAUCCAUAAAGGGAUGAAAUUAUAUGAAGGAUAAUGUGUAGAAUAAUUUCCUAAGACACAGAAGAUUUCCCUUUGCCUCCAAAAAGCGCGGGUGCAAUCGUGGGAGUAGCUACGACACUUAAGAAUUCGGGAUUUUGGCUUUCGGGAUUUUUUGGCCCAUUCGGGAUUUUGGCGUUCGAGAUUUUGGCUUUCGGGAUUUCGGCUUUCGAGAUUUUGACCGAGACCACCGAGACCCAUAAUUAAUAUUUUACGUCUAUUUCAAUUUUUUUGCACUCGAAAUUUAUUUAAACUAAAUUUAACUUGGUGUAAUGGGUGUAAUGUUCAAAAGAAAAGGCCGAAAGAGUGGAAUUAUGAAAAACGUUUUAAAAUGAAAGGGGUUGAAAUUUGGAUUUCAUGAAAUUUUCCCGAUGCAAAAGGGAUGCCAGUACCAUUCUGUCAAAAAUGUUUUUCCCACACCGAGAAAAAUGUGGAUGGUAAAAUUUACCAUCCUCCAUACAAAAUUCUAAUGGCCGGAUAGUAAAAAAGUCACCCAGCAAACGCGAUAUUAAAUUGGACUGUCAAAAAUUGUAGAAUCUAUUGUAUGGAUAGUAAAUUCUAAUAGCCGGAUGGUAAAUUCUAAUAUCCCGGAUAUUAGAUUUUACUAGCCUGAUGGUAAAUUUUACUGGCAGGAUAGUAAAUUUUACUAGCCGGAUAUUAGAAUGAAAAAUGUCGGAAAAAUUUAUUUUUCCUUAUUUUCAUUGAUUUUUGGCCAUUGUUUGAGGGCUUGGGGCCCUUCUUGGAUGAUAUUCUCUGUAUUUCAAGCCAUUUUGGUGCGUGAAAAUUGACGACUGCGCCGAGAUUUGAACACGCGACCUUUGUGAUGACAGUCCAGUAUCUUCCAGCUGCGCCACGAAUUGCUAUAAUGUAUUCAAAGCAUAUCGGGAACCGUUGCAUCGGCACCCACGAUAUUCCAAAAUGACAUUCUAACAGCAGGAUGGCAAAUUUUACUGGCUUGGACAGUAAUUUCUAUCCAAAUUACUAUCCUCCGUUAAAAUUUACUGUCUUCCAGUUAAAUUUUAACAUCUAAUAUGCGGCUAGUAAAAUUUACUUCCCGGAUAUUAGAAUCUAAGAGAGGUCAAGGUAAAAUAUAAAUGAGGAUAGUAGAUUUUACCAUCCGGCUGUUAGAAUUUACUAUCCAUAUGAUAGUAAAUUUUAAAAUGUCAAGAUGGUAGAUUCUAAAGGAAAGUUUCUAUGGAGGAUGGUAUUUUCUACUAUCUUUUGAGAUAGUAGAAUUUAAAGACACGAUUUGUAGAAAAUACCAUCCAAAUUUUUCUCGGUGCAUGCAGUUAAUCGGGGAAAAAUCUUCAGAAAAACAUUUUGAGGUAAAACUGGAUACGGAAAGUGUACAUGAAAUUUCUUGUCAACAUGUAUGAAGAUCUAAAAAUUUAAAAAUCUUAAAUCCCCUAAAAUAUCUACAGUGCUAUUAUGUUGCUAUAUUGUUAUUAUUACUAUAGGAAAUAUUAAUUUUUUUUUAUAUUCUUUCAAUUUUGAAAUAAUGUAAUGUUAUUUGCAAUUUAUGUAUAUGGGUAUUAUAAUUGUAUGUAAUUUUAUUACAAAUUGAAAUUAACUGACUUUAUGUGCUUUCAUAUGUAAAAAAUCGAAUUAGCGAUAAGAGAUGAAAGAGUGAAAGAGAGAGAAAAAAGGGAAAAAGAAAUUAUUUGCCCCUCAUACUCCCCUUCCUCAUUGAAUUGCUUGGUAUGGCUAAAAAUGUUGGCUGCAUUAUAUAUAAAAUGUUGUGUAUAAUAUGAAGAAUGGUAGUGUAUAGGUCUCUUAUGUAUUUUAUUUGCCUUUAUGUAAUCACACACUAUCUCUUUUGUACAGUAUCAUACUUGACUGCUUUAGCACACAACUGUAAUAUAUGACUAUUUCAUUUCACUCUGGUCGAUUUCAUAGAAUUUCAACAGUCGGUCGCGAACCGUUGAAGGUGAAACGUAUGAACGCUGUAAAUAUAGUGAGUUGAGAAAUAUUUUUUCUCUGACAAAAAAAAGAAGAAAAAAAAUCACUUAAUAUUGAGUGAAUAAAAUUAGUAAAUUGCGCAGGACUAAAACGUUCUUAAUAAUAUCAUUCAAAUGGAUAAAUAUUUUGUGUGAAUUUUUAUGGUAUUUUUGGCUUGAAAAUAAAAAGUGUAUGAAGUUUUUUUUUUAUAUGGAGGGAUCUCUAUUAUUGCUUUGUGAGUGAAUCACAGUUCUGGUAGUAUAUAUUAAAUUUCUUUUUUUCCUCGUCAACUCCUCAUUGGAAUUAAUUGGUGAAAAUACAAGGAGAUUGUGUGUUAAUUAGAGGUGAAUUAUUUAUAAAUACGCAACAUUAUAGCAUUUCAAUUAAUUAGUGAAGCGAAUUUUACUACGUAGUCACGAUAUGGUAUUAUAGAAUUUCCUAAAUAUAUAUAUUUUUUGUGGUGAAAGACAUUGAAAGCAAUUUUUGAAAAAUUUGAAAAAAAAAUAUUGUGAAUCUUAACACAUGAAGUUUAGAAAAUAAGGAUAUCUGUAAUUCGAAAUUUAGUGUAUACAAGAAAUUCUCAUAUUUCCUAAGACAAAGUGAAGUGCUUUUGUCCCUUUGUCCUUCUGUGGCCUCUGGAAGAAAAGAAAAUAAUAAAUAAAUAAAACGUAAAGGACGCCAUGAUAUUGUAAGAUAUAUUCAAUUAAAUGGAUAUAUAAAAGAAACUGUGAAGCCAGCAUUGUAAAUUUCAGUUGACGUCAUCAACACUUAAAAAGUGAUUUGUGCGUUCUUUUGAAGUCUCUUUGGAGAUGAUAUAAAAGUAUUUGCUCCUUCUUUUUCAUUGAUAAGUAAUUGGCCGAGAGUGAACCAAUUAAAAAGGAAAAAAAAUAACUUUAAUUCCUUGUGAGAAUGAGACAUUUUCGUAUUGAUUAAAGAGGAAUAGUGAGUAAAAAAAAGUUCAUAAUCGCUAAGGAAGGACAAUAGUAGAUGCUAGAGGGUGAAUAAAAAAUUAGAUCCAUUCCUGUUUUUUUUUGUGUGUGUACUCGAAGUGCAUUAGUGCAUUUGACAAUGGAAUAAAAGGAAAAGAGUGGAGGAAAUAGUGAAAUAAGAAAGACGAACGACGAGAAGGAGAGAAAAGCAAGGAAAAUUGUGAAGAUAUAUUUUGUGAGGAGAAUUAUUGCAUCGACGUCAGUAGUGGCAUUCAAAAUGUCUGCAAGGAGUGUAGAAUGAAAUAUUACAUUCCCUAUUCAGCCUGGGAGAGGCGAGAUAUUGAAUAUCGCGGAAGUGAGAAACACAAAGACAUAGAGCGCGAGAGGAUGGAUCGCCAAGUGCAGCAUCAGCAGCAACAGUCACACGAUCGUCAGGAUAAACAAUCGUGUACAACGGCCGAACAGGCUGUGAGCAAACACUUUGAGGAAUCUCUCCGUAACGUUAAAGAUAAGCAUAUGCAUUCAGCAUGGACGUUGAACACCCUCCCGCCACAGAAUCCAGUGCCACAUUUAUCCCAUAUCAGUAUACCUGCGCAUAUGGUGCCCACGGUUGGUGGCAUCCAGACGUCGGUGGGUGGUCAGGCGGUGGGUGGGGGUGCAAGUGUAGUGGCUGGAAAUUCAAGCAGUGUUGGUGCUAGUGGAGGAAGUAGUGGCGGUGGAAAUAGUGAUCCGAGUCAGGAGGACAAACGCCGAAGAAUGGCGGAACAUGAAAGGCUCGUGGCUGCUGCAGCAGACCGGGAUAGUAGAGAGCGAGAAAGAGAGCGUGAGCGAGAAAAGGAACUGGAGCGCUUGCGGCAACAGGAGCAACAGAGGGCAUACUACCUGCAGUCUGGGGUUCAGCGAGCACAGACGAAAAGUGCAAGUGACUAUCACCGCGGAAUCUCAAUUGCACCACCACCCAAAACGAGACGAGAAGAGGAAAAGCCAAGUCCCAUGAAGGAUCUCAAUACACAUCAACCAUUUACACUCUACAGUGGCUUUCCUGCUUAUCCUCCGUCGGCAUUUCAGAAGGACAUUAAGACAAAACAAGAAAUGUCUCUGCCAGCACCACCACCUCUUAUGUCUGAUGUGAAACAUUCGACGGGUGUUAUUGUAAAGCACGACACGAAUGCAAUAAAGCAGUCGGCAAUGCAAGUGGUGCAUACACCCAAAGCCCAGCAGCAGACUCACUAUAAGACUGUAACGGCUGGUGGAGUUCCAGUGUCUGCUGGUGCUACACCACACAUUAUGUAUGACUAUCGUGUGGCUCCACAGCAUGGAUCUCCUCACGAUCGGUAUAAGCAACAAACAGUGUCAGUGAUGGCAUCACCUCAGCAAUCGACAUUUGGGCAGGCGGUAUCGGUGACGAAGCAGCAGCAACAGCAGCAACAACAACAACAACCACAAUCGUCACAAGUGCAACAAGUUCAGCAGCCUCCUCAAGUGCAGCAACAGCAGCAGCAGCAGCAGCAGCAACAACAGUCUCAGCAACAACCACCUCCGCAGCAACCACACUAUGUUCAUGUGCAGAGUAAAUCGAAGGUAUCAUCACCGGCACCAUCGCAUAUCUAUGGGAAACCAAGUGGAGCUGGAAUUGUGAGUGGUAUUCCGGUGUGUCGACCGCAGGAGUCAUCUGUACAUGUUGUCUCUAAGGCAUCAUCACCAAGUCCAUUCCAUGCCCAUAUGUAUGGUCCACCGACAGUUCCACCACCGCCAGCCCAUUCAUCACGAUCAACCCUGUAUGAUGGACGAAUGUUUACGGCGGCACCGGCUGUUAAGCAAUCUAUGCCAAUGUCACUCCAUGGAACAUCACCACCGACUGCAGCAGCAGCACCACUUCCCAUCUCCAGAUCACCUGGAGUAAUGCUACCUGUGAUUGCACAACAACAUGCCAAUAGUGUUCAAGUGGCUGCAGCCAAUUCCUUUCAGACACAGCCGCUGGAUCUCGGUGUGUCGGAUCGGAGUCGUGACGAUAGUAGUAAAGCGUCACCAAAGCGAAAGGGUGCACCAACGGGGAGUCCAAUGCCGUGCGAUGUGAAGAAGAAGAGAACUGAAAUGCCACCACAACCAUCGCCAAUAAAACAUCAUCAUCAUCAGCAGCAUCAACAGCAGCAACAGCAACAACAUUAUUUGCAACAUGUGCCACAUCAACAGCCACCUCAACAUUACAUGUUGCCGCAGCAACCACAACAGCCGCAACAACAACAACAGCAACACCCGCAUCAGCAAAAUGUGCCACUGGCGCUCAAUAUGAAUGCCCAACAGCAGCAGCAGCAACAACAGCAACAGCAACAGCGAACAAAUAUGACACCACCAAUGUCAAUAAGUCCGCUAGAUCAUAGGGUGGCAUCACCUUUGAUCACAGCCAGCACAACAGUUCCUUAUGUGGAGGCACAAAAAGUGCCAAAACAGCCAACACUCCCCGAUGGCGCCAAUUCGGCCGUCACCAUUGUGACGGAAGUGGCCAAUAGUGCUAAGAGUCCAAGUGUUACAGUAGCAGCAACGUUCAAAGUUAACUCUGUUGUUAAUUCUGUACGAACAAAUUCUGGCGAUGGUACAAGUCGCACGACACUAAGUGAUACUUCAAGUCCGGCACCAAGUCCGGAAUUACGUAGUUCACCAGUGACUCCAGCUAAAAUUGUCACAGAACCAGAAAAAUCAUCUAGUCCUGCUCCUAAACCCAACGCACCGCGACAUCUCAAAAAGGCUUGGCUUCAGCGCCAUACAGGUGAAGACUUGGAAGACAGCACGGGAAUUACGGGUGGUGGAAGCUGUGUUAAAUUGCCAUUGACACUCAAUACCACUCCAAUUGCAAACAAUAGUGAUCAAGCGGUCACUAAUAGCAAUAACAGUACAACAGCAACUUCAACAAAUUCCACAAGUCACUCAACAGUCCAUUCAAUUCACAAUGUGGGAACAAUGGCAAUUAAUAGCAUCAGUAAAACCAAAAGUCUAGUUAGUGGCAGUAAAAUAAAUCAACAUCCAAAAAAAAGUGCUGUAAUCAAUCAAAAUAAUAUCAAUCGAGAUAAUGGACACAAUUCAGAUUCCAAUCAAAAGGAUGAUAGUUCCAGUUCAGAUCAGGAACGUCCUCCAAAGAGUCCUCCAAAGCGAAAACCCAUUAAGGUGAAGCGACGAAAGGGUGGUGCACGAAGGCAUGCGGAUGAGAGUAAAAAGAAGAGGCAGGCAAGCGAAAGCGAUAAGGAUAGUGAAAGUGAUAAGGAAAGCAUAUCCGAUAAGGAUAGUGAUAGUACGAGUGCGUCAUUGGGGAAAAAGACAAAUGGAAGUGCAGCAGCAAAUUCGGCCAUAGUGAAGGAACCACGAAAACGUGGUCGACGACCAAAAAAUGCAAAAGAUGAAACAAGUAAUAAAAAAAAGCAAAAAGACGAGACGAAUCCCCUGAGAGAUCCGUUCUGCAAGCCACCCAUAUCACAACUGAAGAAGACGGGAGAGUCAUUUCUGCAGGAUGGACCGUGCUUCGAAGUGGCACCCAAAUUGGCGAAAUGUCGUGAAUGUCGCUGGACACCAAAUCAACGUUCCAAGAAUACACCAAAUAUAUUUUGUCGAUUUUAUGCUUUCCGCCGCUUGAGAUACACAAAGAAUGGUCAGCUGGCUAUUGCGGGUUUCUCGGAUCCCUACAAAGAUCCAAAGGAGGAGGACUUGAAACUAUGGAUUCCAGAUGGUGACAGUCCACCUUGUGUGUUGGAUCUACAGGGCGCGAGAUUCUUGCUUGCGUACGUUGCUGAUCAAUUUUGUGACUUGGUCCAACAGGAGAAGGAAGCAAUGGCAGAACACAUGUCAGACGACAAAACUAUCGCAUGGAAGCGGGUGGUUCAAGGUGUCAGGGAGAUGUGUGAUGUAUGUGAGACCACACUGUUUAAUUUCCACUGGGCAUGCAGCAAAUGUGGCUUUGUGGUCUGCAUUGAUUGCUACAAGGGCCGAAAGCAUGGAUCUGACAAGACAUGGGGUGAAAUUGGUGGGAAGGAUCGUGAUGAUUUUUCAUGGUUACUGUGCACCAAUAAGGCUGCCCAUGAGCAAGAGAAAUUGAUGUUGACACAGAUAAUAGCUGGUGAUUCACUUCAAAUUCUCACGCGUCAGAUGCACGAGGCUAGAUCACUGUGGAAUAUUCCGUCAUAUUGUGGGUGCAAUUUGAUGGCGGAACAAUUGUCAAAGCCGACAAAUGGUGUGUGCAAGGAGUAUAUAAAGCGUUUGUUGAAGAAUGAUUUGAAUGGGUUGAAGAAGGAAGUGGUGAAGACUGAAGGAGGAGGGGCAGCAGCGGCGGCGGCUGCUGGUAAUUUUGCCAAUGGUGCAAUAAAACAGGAGGACAAUUCAUCAGCACUGUCAUGGUUGGCCGAAGUGGCAUUGCAGCAGAAUGAGGUGAAGAAGAAUGGAUCGAAGGAGGAGAAGGUAGGAGGUGGUAGUGAUUCUGAUUCCGAUGAUCCAUCGCAUUCAACACUCAGGGAACUUCUCAUAAGGCCAGCUAGUAAACUCAAUGGUAGUAGGACAAGUUCACCAGUUGGAAAGCCAAUUAAGGAUGGUAGUGGUGCUGGGGGUGGUAGUUUGGGCAUGGUGGAUAAUCUCGAGACGGCAAUAAGUGAUGUGAUUAGUGAGGAAAAAGAUCCAUUGAUGGAACAAUUUCAGAAUUCACACUAUGUUUCGGGAAAGGAUAGAAAGAUGUUUAAUAAUGUUCCAAUAAGGAUAAUGACGAUGAUUGAGUCAAAAUCAUUGUAUCCCGAUGUACCGCAUAGUUGGUUGUGUGAUGGUAAACUAUUGAGAUUGAUGGAUCCAGGAGCACCGAACAAUAUAAAGAUAUUUCAGGAACAGUGGAGACGUUCACAGCCAGUUUUGGUGUCUGAUGUAGCUAAGAGAUUGACACAGGAUUUGUGGUUGCCUGAAUCAUUUUCGCGUGAUUUUGGGGAAGAAAAGAAUGAUCUGGUGAAUUGUUUGAAUGGGAAAUUGGUGCCAAAUCAGCAAAUGAGAAAAUUUUGGGAUGGUUUUGAGUAUAUCAAUAAGCGUUUGAAGACAGAUAAAGGGCAACCGAUGUUGCUGAAAUUGAAAGAUUGGCCACCUGGAGAGGAUUUUGCUGAGAUGCUACCGAGUCGUUUUGCUGAUCUCAUGAAAGCCCUACCAUUGGCUGAAUAUACACAGCGCAAUGGACGUUUGAAUUUAGCUGGUCAUUUGCCAGAUUGUUUUGUACGGCCGGAUUUAGGACCAAAAAUGUACAAUGCCUACGGAUCGGCCCUGUAUCCGUCGAAAGGUACGACAAAUCUCCAUUUAGAUAUAUCUGAUGCUGUCAAUACGAUGGUUUAUGUGGGAAUACCCAAGGAUGCCGAUGAGGAGGAGACAAUAAAGGCGGCUUUUCGGGCAAUUGAUGAGGCUGGAUGUGAUAUAUUGACAAAACGUCGGGUGCGUGAUAAGGGUGAACUACCGGGUGCUCUAUGGCAUAUCUAUGCCCCACGCGAUGCUGAUAAAAUUCGGGAUUUGCUCAAUAAGAUAACACUGGAAAAAGGAUAUUGUCUGGAGCCGCAUCAUGAUCCAAUACAUGAUCAAGCAUGGUAUCUCGAUGGGCCACUUAGGGAGAGGCUGUACAAGGAAUAUGGCGUUGAGGGAUAUCCAAUAGCUCAGUGUUUGGGUGAUGCGGUUUUUAUCCCAGCUGGAGCACCGCAUCAGGUGCGGAAUUUGCACAAUUGCAUCAAGGUGGCGCAGGAUUUUGUGUCACCGGAAAAUGUGACAAAAUGCUUCGAUCUCACACAAGAAUUUCGCAAUCUCACCGAUACACACUCCAAUCACGAAGAUAAAUUACAAAUUAAAAAUAUUAUCUAUCAUGCUGUCAAAGAUGCCAUUGGAUGUCUCUCUCAUGCUCUCAAUCAGCGUAUUACGGAGAGUCAGACGUUUGAGAUUAAAAAGGAGAUGCCGAUUAAGAAAGAAAUUAAAGAAGAGAUUGAGGAUCAUCAAGUGAAUUAAGAAAAAGUCUACAAAAUUCUGGAGCAGCUGAAAAAGAAAAAGAUUAGGUAUGUAUUUCAUGAAAAACCUUGUGAAUUAAUUCAUAUGGAUGCUUUGUGAUAUUAAUUAUUAACUAAAAAAAAAUAUAUAUAUGGUAAUUAUGAUAGAGAUGAAAUCGUGACUACGUAAUUUACCGUAAUAAAAAUACACUGUAGAGAGAAAAAAUAAAAAAAUACUAUAAAUAUAUAUAUUUUUCUCUUGUGAAAUUAAUCGUGAGAAAAGAAAAUUCCAUUGGUUCUUAAUGCAAUUUUUAUUUGCAAUCUUUCAUUUUUUAAUAAUGUAAAAAAAAAAUAAAGAGAAAAAUAAUUUUUAAAAAAGAAAAAAAUAUUUAAAAAAUAAAUGAACUCGAAGCCAAAAAUAUCAAUGUAUUUGAUAUAAUCCCAAAAGAAAGUAAGAAGAGAAAAAAAAAAGAUUUAAUAAUAAAUUUGGGGAAAGACUAAAAAAAGAUGCAGAUAAAAAAAAAAUAAGACAACUAUAUAGUUACAUUUUGAAGAGUCAGAGCAAGAUAAAAUAAAAAAAAAACUUAUAGAUGCAUUUCUAAAGAAUAUAUUAAAAAAAAUAGAAAUAUAUAGUGUAAAUAGAAAGAGAUAUAAAUAAUUAAAAAAAAAAACAGAAAUGAUGAUAAAAUAGUAAUCUUUAAAUGUCAUGAUAAUACUUCUCUUAGAAAUCAAGAAAAAAAAAUCGCAACAACUCGGUAAACAUUCAAACACAUACCAACAUAAUAGAUUUAUAAUUGAAAAAAAAAAGAACAACUGAUAUCUUUCGACAAUUAUUUGUUUCAUUCUACACAAAUCACGUGGUAUGAAAAUUUUUAACUAUGCUCUGGUUGCCUUGCAUAAUGAUGCUAUUCCAAUGAAAAAUUAAAAGGAACUGUUCUCAAGUGCUUCUGCAUUAUCGACAUUUCUCUGGAUUGGUUUCUGUAAAGGCUAUUUGAGACUGGGGAGAAUAGUCGAGACAAGAUCCAACACAGAGAAAAAUCGAUAAUGCAAAAACACUUGAGAACUGUUUUGUGCUAAAAAUGUUUAGGAGAAAAAUUUCCCCUUUUUAUUUUUCUUGUGUUUUUUUUAGCACAAGUUUGAUCUCAAGUGUUUCAAGUAAAAAUAUAUCGAUUUUUCUAUUUUCUAUUUUUUUUGUUGAUUCCUGUCAAGACUGUUUGGUUGUUUUAGAUCACGGCUAGGAUUGCGAACAGUCGUGACAAGAACCAACACAAAAGAAAAUCUAUAAGGCAGAUAUACAAAAACACCCUUGGGAACGGUAUUGUGCUAAAAAAAUGUUCAGGAGAAAAAUUUUCCCUCUUCAUUUUUCUGGUUUUUUUUUAACACUUAAAUGUUCAUGAAUGCUUCUGCAUUAUCGAUUUUUCAUUCUGUUGAUUCCCUCCUAGUCUGUUUUCCACAUAGCUAGCCGUGUUCUAAAACCAUCAAUCAGACUGUUCUUUUUAUUGGUUCCUGUCGAGACUAUUUGGUGAUUUUAGAUCACGGCUAGGAUUGAGAACAGUCGUGACAAGAAACAACACAAAGCAAAAUCUAUAAGGCCGAUAACCCUUGGGAACAGUAUUGUGCUAAAAAAAAUGUUCAGGAGAAAAAUUUUCCCUCUUCAUUUUUUCUGGUUUUUUAACACUUAACUGUUCUUGAAUGCUUCUGCAUUGUCGAUUUUUCAUUGUCGUGAUACCUGUCUUGACUGUUUUCCCCAAUACUCGCCGUGUGCUAAAACCACCAAUCCUGACAGGAACCAAUGAGGUCAUUUACACCGCCGCAUUGGAUUGAGAUUAAAUUGUCUCAAAAUCGGAUUUUGGUAUAAAUCAGUCUGAAUCUAAUGCAGCAGUUUAAAUGACCUCAAUGAACCCGUUUAGAUUGCGGCCUUAGAUUGAGACUUAAUGAUCCGAAAUUCGAUUUUGGAACAGUUCAAUUCCAAUCUAAUACGGCGGUGUAUAUAGCCUCAAUACAAAGAUGUUUGAUGAUUUUAGAACACAGCGAGAACUAGCGCAAACAGUAGCGGUAGGAAUCAAUAGAAUGAAAAAUCGAUGAUGCAGAAGCACCUGAGUACAAUCUUGUACUAAAAACAAAACAGAAAAAUAAAAAGAGGAACUUUUUGUCCUAAAUAUUUUUUUAGCACAAGACUGUUCUCAAGUGCUUCUGCAUUAUCGAUUUUUCAUUCUCUUGAUUCCCGCGUUGAUUUUUUUUUUGCCCAGUCUUCGACAUCUUCUAAAAAUAUCAAACAGUCGUGACAGGAACCAACACAAAGGAAAAUCUAUAAGGCAGAAACCCUUGAGAACAGUGUUGUGCUUAAAAAAACUUUAGCUGAAAGAUUUCCCAUCUUCAUUAUUUCUAUUUUUUUAACACUUAACUGUUCUUAAAUGCUUCUGCAUUAUCGAUUUUUCAUUCUCUUGAUUCCUGUCUCGACUGUUUUCCCCAGUCUUCGACACCUUCUAAAAGUAUCAGUCGUGAUAGGAACUAACACAAAGAAAAAUCAAUAAGGCAGCACACUUGAGAACAGUAAAAUGCUAAAAAAUAACCAGUUCAUUUUCGUUUUUCAUCGCAAUAGCACAAUAAUUCAUAUUUUGUUUCCUUUUGUACAAGUAGCAAGAAAGGAAAAAGAAACUUAUAGCAGAUGAUUUUUGAAUUUUCAAACGCAAAGAAAACAAAUUUAAAAAAAAAUGAUCUCAUGCAACAAGAUGAUGUAGGAAUAUUAUUAAAUAAAAGAAAAUGUAUAUUAUUUUUUUUCUGAAUGAGAAGAGGAAAAAUGCUAAUUGACUUACUUGGAAAACAGGGAGGGAAAAUAGUUUCUCGUUCAUUGGAAAAAGAAGGAUGAGAAUGACGAUCACGAUAAGACUUUGAUUUUUUUUUGGCCAAAAUGCCAAAAUUUUAUUAACAAAUUACUACUUCCUCUUUUGAAAAGGGGAAAGAAAAACUCCAAUAGUGAAAUAAUUAAAAAUGUACUGAAAAGGAUUUAGUUUUUAGAAGGCGAUAGAGAGAAAAACGUAAAUUUUUCUUUUAAAAACAGUCAAGAAAAAUAAUGUAGAAAAAAAAACUUGCUUAAUUUUUUCAAUGAGCGGGAAAUGAUUGAGAUUCUUUUUUAAAAAAGAAAGAAAGAAUGAAUAUAAAAAAAAACGACAAUUCAUACUGAAAUAUCACCAAGUAAAUUAUUUCAACACUGUGAAUUAGAUUUAAAAAGAAGAAAAAGAUUAUAAGAAGAUUUUCUGGACGAAAGAUGAAUUUCGUGUGUGUGUCAAAAGAAAACAACGAUUUUUGAAAGUGAGUGUGAGAGAUAAAAAAAAGUAUAUAGUUCUUCACAAAAUACCCGCCGACCAGUUGUGUAAUUUCUAAUCAAAUAACGAGGACGAUGAUUUCUUAUCAUAAAUGCCAAUACUUAUUAUAUCACAAUUUUUCUGUGAAUAAACCAUCCUGUGCAGUUUUUCAGUGAAAAAAAAACAACACAUCUAAUUUUCUUGCUUUUUGAAGACAACAAAUAAAAAAAGAUAGAUGUUUCGAAUAUAAUAAAUGUGCAAGUCAAUUGAAGAAGAUAAUUUAUUUUCAUAGUGCAAAUUACAAGUAAUUUUGCAGGCGAUUGUGGGACAAUAUUCCUCGAUGAUUUUUUUUGGUAAAGAAAAACAGCCUUUUUCAAGCGAAAAGAAAGAAACACUUUCUUUUCGCAUCUUACUACUGACCUUUCUAGAAGCGAGACUGCAUUCCAAACUCCUGAUUUUUAACUGAUUUUUCAUAGACUGUAUCUUGUGUGGUAUGCACAACUACUAUUGAUUUGGAAACACAAGGACAUAUCUUUUCAAAUAGAAUGAGCAAAAAAAAACAGAAUUAGUUUUCCUCUCAAUGGGUUAUUAUUAAUUGGAUAUUAUGUUUUUAAAAAUAUUUUUAAACUGUCUUGCAAGGUAAUGUCCAGCGUACGAUAACUUUUGUUUGUAAACAUGUUUUCAAAAUUUCCAAUGAGAGUGAGCGAGAUGACUAGAUAUACAUUUAUGCCCGGCGCACAAUAACUCUUGUUUGUAAAUAUGUUUUCAAAAUUUCCUAUGACAGUGAGAGAGAUGACUAGAUAUAGACCUAAUUCACUCUCAUUGAAAUGUCAAAAACAUGUUUACAAACAAAAGUUAUUGAACACUUGGAAUAAUGUCUAACACUUAAUAACUUUUAUUUUGUGUUAUUUUUGACGUUUCAAUGAGAGUGAGUGAGGUAUAAAUAUAGUCAUCUUACUCAGUCUCAUAGGAAAUGUUGAAAACAAGUUUACAAACAAAAUUUAUUAUGCGCUGGUCAUAAUAUUUAUACAAAAUUUAGUUUUAUGCCCAGCACACAAUAACUUUUGUUAUGUAAAUAUAUUUUUGACUUUUCAAUGAGAGUAACUGCGAUCUAGAUCUAGUCAUCUCUUUCACUCUCACAAGAAAAUUUGAAAACAUGUUUAUAAACAAAAACGAUUGUGCGUUGGGCAUUAUAAAUAAAUGUUUAAUAUUUCAGUAAUGCCCUGUGCACAAUAACUUUUGUUUGUAUAAAUGUUUUCAAAAUUUUCUAUAAGAGUAAGGGGGAAUGACUAGAUCUAUCUAUCUCACUUACUCUCACUGAGUUGUUAAAAACAUGUUUACAAAACAACAUUUAUAGCAUUUGCUUUUAAACAUUUUUUUGGCAAUUCAAUGAGAAUAAAAGAGAUCUAAAUCUAGUCAUCUUACUCACUCUCAUAUGCAGUUUUGAAAAUAUGUUUACAAACAAAAGUUAUUGUGUGCUGGGCAUAAGGAAGAUGUGUCCACAGUAAUGCCUCCUUCAAUUUAUAGAAGAAGAUGGCAAAAAUAAUUGUGCUGCUAAUAAUUUUUGUUAUAAAAUUUUAUACAAUAACUUUUGUUUUGUAAAUACGUUUUCGAAAUUGCUAUGAGUUGGAGUGAGACAACUAUAAGUGUAUAUCACUCCUUUCACUCACUCCCAUGGCUCUCAUCCAAAAGUCAAGCACAUGUUUACAAGAUAAAAGUAUUUGUGUGUUGCUCAUUAUGCCCAAUGCACAAUAAUUUUUUUUGUAAACAGAUUUUCAAAAUUUCCUAUGAGAGAAUGAAAUGUAGAUCUAGUCAUCUCGCUCUCUCUCAUAGAAAUUUUUGAAAAAAUGUUUAUAAACAAAAGUAUUUGUGUGUUGCUCAUUAUCGUUUGAAAGAAAUGUUUAUCACGUUUAUUUUUUUGUAAAAGAUUUAUUUUCUCUUCAAAGCUUUGUCCUUUUAUUCAUCAAAUGAAAAAAAAAACACGUGCAAAAAUCAGAGUUUAUCAAAAUCCACGUGUGUGAUAAUUCUUUUGUUUCUGAACAAAAAUAACUCCUUUUACUUGAUGUAAUUUGAACUUUCCAUCGAGGUCAGACAUAGUUGCAAUACAUAAUGUUUUUUUUGUCAUAAUCACAGAAAUAUUAUAAAUGUAAAAAAAUGAAAAACUGAGCAGACAUAUAAAUGUGAAGUAAAAUGAAAUGAAUAUGGAUGGAUACACAAUGAUAUAAAAAAACAAAUAGUAAAUGAAAUAUUGACUUAUCUCUAAUUGCAUACAAAUAACUAAAAGAGAGAGAAAAAAAAAAGAAAAACGACAAAAAGGAAAAAAAAUGUGAGGACUUGUAGAAUAUUUGAACAGAAAACAUUUGCAGAAUUUUUCAGAUGAUUCUCUGCAAUGAUCCUAAUAACUGAAACACUGAAAAUAAAAGCAAGAAAAAAAUCUAAGAUUAACAUAACAAUGAAAUCGUAUAUUAUACAUAUUUCCUGUAUAUAGAAAGAAAAAUUUAUUGAAAAUUUGAAGGACAAAUAAAGUCACAAAAUGCAAAAAAAAUGUACUUGAAGAUAGCUCAAGCCAAUAAAGGACAUGGCAAAGUAAAUGUGUAAUUUAUUUAGAAGAAGAUUGAGAAAAUAAGAGGAAAUAUGAGACUAAUCAAAUUUUCAGUCAUUUCUUUCUGUAUAAAAAAAAAAAACGGAUAAUAUUCUUCAGGACAUUUUCUUGAUUUGUUUCUAGGAAAACAAUAUACCCAAAACAUGUCAACAAUGAGAGAUCAAACACUGUAGUCGCGUAUGAGUCAGUCAUCAUCUUAGUAAUAUAUAUAUUGGAGCCUUAUCUUAGAGAUUUGAUUUCCUUUGCCAGAAAGAAUGAUAACAGAAAAAAAAUAUAAUGUGAAAAAGAAUCCUUUUGGUGAACAAUGUGAAGAAAUAAUGUGAGAGCAAAUUGUGUGCGCAUUGACUAAAAAUGGCUUCAUUACGAAUAUUCAUUUUUGUACUGUGUAUAUGUAAUAAGGAUAUACUUGAAUUAAAUAUAAGAAAAAUGUUUAUAUUA